AUGGCCGUGGAAGAAAUAUCCUCCGGGAAGGAUGUCAGUCUAAGAGACAUGCAGAUCUCAGCCAUUCUGAAAAUGCUCUUUCUAAACAAGGACUCGAACAACAACGACAACAUCACCACCAUCACAGACGACAUUUUCAACCAGCAGGAGAUCAUCUGGAAGGUGCUGGUCCUUGAUGUCAAGAGCACCGCCACAAUCUCCUCCGUUCUCAGAGUCAACGAUCUAUUGAAAGCUGGUAUCACCGUUCAUUCCUUAAUUAAACAAGACAGAUCGCCCUUGCCCGACGUGCCUGCCAUUUAUUUUGUUUCUCCCACAAAGGAGAACAUCGACGUUAUCGUCAACGACUUGAAAAAUGACAAGUACUCCGAAUUCUAUAUCAAUUUCACUUCAUCUUUGCCCAGAAACCUUUUGGAAGACUUGGCUCAACAAGUGUCAAUCACGGGGAAAUCAGAAAAAAUUAAACAGGUCUACGACCAAUACUUGGACUUCAUUGUCACUGAACCAGAACUGUUUUCCCUAGAGGUCCCAAACGCAUAUUUGACUUUAAACGACCCAAGAACCACAGAAGAGGAAAUCACUGGUUUGUGUGCUAACAUCGCUGACGGCCUCUUCAACACCGUAAUCACCACUAAUUCCAUCCCCAUUAUAAGAGCUCCCAAGGGCGGACCAGCCGAGAUUAUUGCGGAAAAGUUAGGUACCAAGCUACGUGACUACGUCAUCAAUACUAAUGCCUCAUCCACUUCAACUUUGCACGGGAACGAUUCUUUGGAAAGGGGGGUCCUGAUCAUAUUAGAUAGAAGUAUUGAUUUUGCCUCUAUGUUCUCGCAUUCGUGGAUUUAUCAAUGUAUGGUCUUCGAUAUUUUCAAGCUAUCAAGAAACACCAUCACCAUUCCCUUAGAAAGUAAACCAGAUGGAGACGACACUACGACUUCGAAUCCAAUAGCCUCCAAGAAAUACGAUAUAGAGCCAAAUGAUUUCUUUUGGAUGGAGAACUCUCACUUGCCAUUCCCAGAAGCUGCCGAAAAUGUUGAAACAGCAUUGAAUAGAUACAAAGAAGAAGCGGCAGAAAUUACCAGGAAAACCGGUGUCACGAAUAUAACAGACUUGGAUCCAAACUCAAAUAGUGAUACUGUUCAAAUCCAAGAGGUCGUGAAGAAACUUCCAGAAUUGACAGCUAAGAAGAACACUAUUGAUACUCAUAUGAACAUAUUUGCUGCACUGUUGUCACAAUUGGAAAGUAAAAGCCUCGAUACAUUUUUUGAAGUAGAACAAGAUCCUGGCAGCACCAAAACAAGAUCAAGAUUUUUGGACAUUUUAAAGGACGGUAAAACAAAUAAUUUGGAAGACAAAUUAAGAUCGUUCAUUGUUCUCUAUCUAACAUCAUCUACCGGACUACCAAAGGAUUUCGUCCAAAAUGUGGAAAACUAUUUCAACGAAAAUAAUUAUGACAUCAAUGCCUUAAAAUAUGUUUAUAAACUAAGGGAAUUCAUGCAAUUAUCAAACAUGUCUUUGCAAAAUAAAUCUCUAGAAGAUGGGUCCGAUUCUAAUUUUAAACCAAGCAAUUUGACAUUAUCCGGUAUAUACGGAUUGACCGAAGGUAAGUUACAAGGUGGUGUGGGAAGUUUGAUCUCGGGUAUCAGGAAAUUGCUACCUGAAAAAAAAACUAUACCAAUAACAAAUGUUGUUGAUGCGAUAAUGGACCCUUUGAAUAGUUCUCAAAAGAACUUGGAGACCACCGAUAGUUAUCUUUACAUUGACCCAAAAAUUACCAGGGGUUCACAUACUAGGAAACCAAAAAGACAAUCUUAUAAUAAAUCAUUGGUUUUUGUAGUUGGUGGUGGUAACUAUUUAGAAUAUCAAAACCUUCAAGAAUGGGCUCACUCUCAAUUGCAUAAUCCGAAAAAAGUGAUGUACGGUAGCACAGCCAUUACUACACCAGCCGAAUUUUUGAAUGAAAUUGCUCAGCUUGGUGCAAGUAAUAACAAUACUGAUGCAUAA